UGAAAACAUUCAGCUAUGGCCAAUGCUAAAUGUCAAGUGCAGGUGGACCUCACAGACAAGCCAGUGGCUAGUUCUCUGAAAGAGACUGUGGCUGCUGAUGACUCAGCUGGGACUAAGGACAACAGGAGAAGCCAAGGGAGCUUCAAAGGAGAAAAGUCUCCUCCGGGCCCUUUGGGAUCAUCAUCUCCAGAUGUCUUCCGAACACCAAAAAGAAAGGCAUUAUCCAGGCAGCAUAUGAAAUAUGUUCCCAAAAGAAACCUGAUGGAAGAGAAAGAGAUGGACAGGAAGGAAGAAAGGAAGAGAAAAAGCAGACAGGAAGUGGAGCAUGAAAAACCAAAUAAGAAAAGAAAAACCGAACAGAAACAGUUGAUGCAAGCUGAGGCUCGCCAAAAAGAAGUGCAAAGAAUACAAGACAUGACACUUCAGAAUAUCCGUCGAAUCAUACCACAUUUCCAGUUUAAAGAGCCCCUUGUUGAUGAUGGUAAAAGAUCUUCAAAGGGUGAGCAUGUCAUAAAUAAAGAUGUCAUUACUUUUUACCACAUGGUAGAUGAUUUUAGGAAAAAUAAUGAAUGCCCAACAAAGCCAAUCACACUUGGUUGCCCUCUUGAAGCUGCCAUUGAUGAGUUAGUGGUACAUUUUGAUAAAGACGAACUGUAUAUCAAUGCUAACGCUGUGCUAUAUGGUGAAUAUAGUCGAGCGCUAAAGAAAGCUCUGACAGCAUGUAUGCAGGGAGGCAGGAGAAUCAAGGAUAAUGCUCACAAUGAUAAUGAACCUGGUGUGUCAUCUAUUGUACAACACAUGAAUAAGGUAGAGGCUUACGUAGAUGAGUUUGCUAAGAACAAAUUCAUUGGAGAUGACAAAGCCAAGAAGUCUAAAUUUGAGACUAUCAGAAAUGAGACUAAAACCAUGUUCAGUGACUUGGCUGAAUAUUUUGACCCUGAACAUGUUGCUGAAGGCAGCUCAAAGGAGGAAGAGGACGUACAGAGAGAGAGGAAGAGAAGUAGACAAGGAGUGGACCAUGAGCACACUAAUAAGAGAAGGAAGACAGGGCAAGAUAACUAAUUGAUGCAGUGCUACAUGGUGAAUAGUUGGGCACUGAAGAAAGCUCUAGGGAGGCACAAGAGUCAAAUAAAUGCAUGACAAGUGUCUUCUAUUGUGCUUCACAUG